AUGCUGACCAUUCAUUUCUCUUAUAUUCCUCUGCUCCUUCUGCUUACUUCUUCUGCCUCCCAAUCUAUACGCUUGGUUCAUCGGUCGCCAUUUCCCACAAAACAUGAGCCAUUUCUUAUUGGUCAUGAGCUGGACUUUAAGCUAAAAGGUCCUGUUCAACAGCCUCGACCCUCCUCAAAUUUCCUUAACACCUCUAAGCUUUUUGUUUCUAGCCAAUGUCAGAGCGAUGAACAAUUGCAGUUACUCCAAAUGAAGAACAGCCUCGUGUUCAGUUCUAAUUCAUCUGUAAAUCUGGCGCAGUGGGAUCAAAACACAGAUUGUUGUGUUUGGAGUGGUGUGGAUUGUGAUGAGGCUGGACAUGUUAUUAGUCUCAACUUGAGCAAUGAAUCAAUCUCUGGUGGAAUUGAGAAUGCGACUGGUCUAUUCGCUCUUCAGAAUCUGAAUAGCCUAAAUUUGGCUUAUAAUAGAUUCAAUGCAACUCAAAUUCCGUCCAGAUUGGCCAAUCUCAAAAACUUGACUUAUCUGAAUCUUUCUGAGGCUGGCUUCACAGGGCAGAUUCCCAGCUCGAUUUCAGGCAUGACAAAGUUGGUUACACUUGAUUUGUCAAGUCUUAACUUCUUGGGAUCUUCUGUCUUGAAACUCGAGAAUCCAAACUUAAGCACGUUUCUACAGAACUUCACAGAGAUUAGAGAACUGUAUCUGGAUGGUGUAAAUAUAUCAGCUCAUGGAAAUGAAUGGUGCAAAGCUUUAUCGUCUUCACUGCCUAAUCUACAAGUCCUGAUUCCCGGGUUUUUAGCAGAAUUCAUGAAUUUGACCUCCCUGCGGCUCAGUUACUGUGGGCUACUUGGAACAUUUCCAGAAAAUAUCUUCCAGGUACCAACACUACAGAAUCUUGAUUUAUCAAACAACGAAUUACUCAAGGUUCUUGCCACAGUUUCCUCAGAAUCUGUCUCUUAG